CGCCCGCCCCCAAAUAAAUAAAUAAAAAAGAAAGAAAGAAAAGGCGCGCCGUCGCCGGGGAUGAACCCGGAUCACCCGGGUGACAGGAGGGAAAACUCACCGCAUCAUACUACAACGACCUCGCCGCUGCGGUGGUACCAAGAUAUUAAUUAUUUGUUUAUUUCCUCAAAACCCAUUUCUAUAUCAAUCUCUUUAUUAAAACCCCGGACCUUCGCAAUUAAUUUCUUACAUUUUCUCGUAAUGGCGAUUCCAUCCGAUGGAAAGUUUAUCGGAUCUCAGGAACGCAUUUCGCUCCUCAGUGAACUUCAUCUGCGUUUCCUUCUUCUGGCAAGAUCUCGCAGGGGGUACUUGAACUUAAUUUCCAGGAAUCGUAAGUAUUUUUAUGCCAAAGUUGCCUGCUUUUUUGCAUCGCAGGUUGUUUAGAUGGCCAGUUUGGACGCUCUAGGGUUCAUCUACUUACAUUGCUGUGUCUAUAGGGUUCCAUUGAUAAUUGACAUCAGAAAACACGCUCAUUAGGGCUUGCUCCAAAUUGAACAGUGGCGUUGUGAUCAGAGCAGCUGAAGCAUUUUGUUUACUGAAAUGUGAUGUAUUGUUUCCAGUGAUAUUGGAGAAAAAAAAUCCAACCCAGUUACGGGAAGAAGGAAGUUCCACUUGAUAAGAGGAACAAUUGGGUCUGUGGCUGUCAAAUUACUGUGGAGUUCAGGGAAUGAUCCGUUCUUUAUGAUUAAGAUGAAGUUCCACUUGAUGAGAGAUGUUCUCCUCAGGAUUCCAUAUAGAAAUCUAUCCAAUAGGUUGUUUUUCCCUAGAAGUUUAGACAACCAUUAUUGUAAUCCCUUCAUGACAAAGUUGUUCUUCAAGCACCAAUACAACGAAGAAGACCCCUUAAUCAGAGCAUCCUCUUCUUCAGGUAAUUUAGUUGCUACUACCACUGUCAACCACAUAGUAUUUGCAAUAUCGGCCUCUGCUAAGGGAUGGCCAAAUCGUGGGCCUUACGUUGAUCUGUGGUGGCGACCAAAUCAAACUCGCGGGGUUGUUUGGCUAGACAAGGCUCCAGAAUACCCUUGGCCUUCAACUUCACCUCCUUUCAGAGUUUCUGAAGACACUUCUAGAUUCAAAGAAUACGAUAAGCAUAACAAUCCUUCAACCAUUAGAGCAGCAAGGAUGAUCUUGGAGACAUUCAAAUUGGGGUUCGAAGACGUGAGAUGGUUUGUGAAGGCUGAUGAUGAUACGCUCGUAAUCAUUGAUAAUCUUGUUGAUGUCUUAGCAAAGUAUGAUCACAAUAGGUACUACUACAUUGGAGGGAAUUCUGAGUGUGUUGCACAAAAUGAUAUGCAUGCGUUUAACAUGGCUUUUGGUGGAGCUGGAAUUGCAGUGAGUUACCCACUUGCAAAGGCAUUGGCGAAGAAUUUAGACGGUUGCCUCAAGAGAUAUCCAUUCGUUUAUGGAGAGGACCAUGUUAUUCAAUCUUGUAUGACUGAGCUUGGAGUCUCGGUAACUAAAGAACCAGGGUUUCAUCAGAUAGACCUACAUGGAGACGUAUCAGGUUUCUUAUCAGCUCACCCCCAAGCUCCACUAGUCACCUUGCAUCAUCUUGACAUUAUCGAUCCCAUUUUUCCUUCAAUGUCACGCUAUGAAGCUGUCCACAACUUCAUGAGAGCUGCAAUGGUUGAGUCACCAAGGCUUCUACAACAAAUCAUUGGUUAUGAUCAACAAAAGAGAUGGUCUGUCUCAAUCUCAUGGGGAUAUUCUGUUCAUAUCUAUGAGGAAUUACACUCUCCUGGGUAUUUACAAAGGCCGCUUCAGACUUUCUCAGCUUGGAACAAAAGGGCUAGCCCACCUUUCAUGUUCAAUGUCAGACCUCUUUCUAACGAUUCUUGCUCAAUGCCGCACGUUUUCUACUUCGAAUCUGUGAGGGCUGCGGACUUGAAUCAGACUGUUACUAGUUAUAUCAGAAGAACUGCUUGGGAACUAUCAUCUUGUGGAAAUCAUUCUGUGAAAUCCAUUUCUGAGGUCGAAGUUUUCACACCUGCCAAGAGGCUCCAAUGGGGUGUAGAGAGAAGAGAAUGCUGCGAAAUUGAAUCUGUGCCUAGAGUGAACAUAAUAAAGAUUACAGUUAGAGCUUGCCGGGAGAAUGAAACCCUGAUAUGGUCGCACCUUUCUUAAUCCUACUUCGACCAUCAAAGUUCCCAAAGCUUUCAAAAUGGAUAUGCUUUUUCUAAAAGAAUGGUAUGCUGUUAGUUCUUCCUUGUGAUGAAUUCCUGAAUCUCAAUGCAUGAUACAGUAACUCCAGCCAAGGUCAAUCCUCUGACUGUUGCAGAUUACUCUGUCUUGAUUAAGGUAUUUGCGUUACCAUGUUUAUUCUCUGAUCCUGCUCAUGUUAUUGUGCUCAUGAAUGAAUUCCCCAGACUCUAGUUGUCUUCUAUUGUUUCUUCUUUGGUGAUGUGUAAUGAGUUCAUAUAGAAUAUUAGAAUACCUUAUACAAACUGUAUAUUAGUAUUUAACCAUGCAUUGGUUUAAGCCACAGUUUCUUUUCC